AUGUCUACACAGGACUAUAGUUCGAGACUCUUUUCGUAUGUUACACUCCUCAAUAUCGCGCUAGCACUCGUAGCAUAUAUAACUGUGCAAAUCCUUUACCAGAUAACUUACUACCGGUUCUUCCAUCCGCUACGACACUUUCCUGGUCCUUUCUGGGCCAGCGUAACGCGUCUAUGGAUCGCUUACCACAAUAUCAAAGCCGACGAAUGCGAGCUCGAACUUGCUCUACACCGCAAAUAUGGUCCAGUGCUUCGAAUUACGCCCACCCUCCUCUUGGUUUCCGACGCCACUAAGUUACCUGAGGUAUACAAUCGUCAAUCGAACAAGUCAAACCACUAUAUUACCGGCAGUUUCGGCAAGACUGAGAGCCUAUUUAACAUGCGCGAGCAUAAGCAUCAUGCGCAUUUUCGCAAGAUUGCUGCUGGCCCUUAUAGCUUCAGCAACGUCAAGAAAAUGGAAGGCCUGGUAGAUGAUCGCAUUCAGCAGUGGAUCGACAGACUGGAAGAACUAUUCAGUAAUGGCAAGAAAUUUGACUUUGCGCCUUGGGCAGUGUACAUGGCAUACGACAUUAUAUCGGAAAUUGGCUUUGGCGCACCUAUCGGCUUCAUAGAAAGCGGCUCGGACAUUGAUGGUCUGAUUAAAGGCUUCCACGAUGGCUUACUUCCCUUCGGUCUCAUGGCUCGACUUUGGCCCUUCACACAGUGGGCAAAAGGUACAUGGCUUGGUGAGAGAUACCUCGUCGCGAAACCGGAGGAUGACUCUGGCAUCGGCACGCUCAUGCGCUUUCGCGAUAAGCUUAUUGCACAGCGACUUGAAGAUAUUGAGGCCGGUAAGAUCGAGCGAGUCGAUCUGCUACAGACGUUCCUCGAUGCAAGGACGGAAGAUGGUGCGCCACUGAAUUUGGAUUACAUCAAAGCUGAGAUCCUUCUGGUGCUGCUUGCAGGUGCUGAUACCACAGGCACUGCGUUCCAAGCGAUGAUUGCAUACAUUACCUCUGACGCUCAAGUGUACACCAAGUUGAUGAGGGAGGUUGAUCGCGUCACUCGUGAGGGAAACUUGAGUUCUACACCACAGUACGACGAAGUGCUAGAACAUUGCCCAUACUAUGUCGCCUGUGUCAAGGAAAGCAUGCGUUUGUGCCCCUCUGCCCCCAACAUCUUCCCUCGUCUUGUUGGGCCAUCGGGCAUGCAUCUGCACGGUCGAUAUGCUCCACCAGGGACAGAAAUAACUUGCAACCCGUGGCUCGUGCACCGUGACGAGAAGAUCUACGGUGCCGAUGCCUGCGAGUUUCGGCCAGAACGCUGGCUCGAGAGCGACGAGAAAGCAAAAGACUACAACAAGUACAACAUGGCCUUUGGGUACGGCGCAAGAGUUUGCCUCGGAAAAGAUAUUGCACUUAUGGAGUUGUACAAGGCGCCAUUGCAAUUUCUUAGGACGUUCAAGAUUGACAUGGAUAAAAGUCGGAGAGGCAGGUUUGUCGUCAAAGGUGGAGUAGGCUUUUGGGAGGAUAUGUUGAUUAGUAUACAGCGACGGGCAACUUUGAAGCUUUCUGCACCCUUCAAUCCGAUUAAAGAAGCGUACUGGACUGGACUCCCUCACCAUCGCCGCACUCCUUUUGCUGUCUCGCCAGAUGGCAAGUCAGCAUACCUUGCGUACCUAGACGCUUCUGAGACGGACGUACAUAUCCAGAAAGUCGACCCUGCUACCUUUGCGGCCGUAGGCGAUGCAGUGACCGUCACUGGUGGAAAGGAAGCCGGCGGUCUAGUUGCUCACAAUGACGGUUUCGCUUUACUCACUAACGAGGCCAUGCCGUCAGGCACCACCAACGCGCCGCCUGAUAGUACCCCGGUAGCUGUCUUGUACCGCUACACUGCUGGCAAGCAGACCUUCAAGACGUUUUUGGGCGGCCCUGACAACGUUGGCGGUAUGGGCGCACUGGCGUCCCCGGACAUGAACGGAGACCUUGCUUUCUCUGAGGCCACUGGCAUGUACGGUGCUUACUUCGUCGUCACUGCGUACUCUGGCGAUGCCAAGGGUCAUUUUGGUGACGCCAUCCAAUACGUUAGCGAGAACGGCACGCUCGAGCAGAUCCAGGGUGCUAGUUCAAGCUGGGGAUGCUCACACAACACUGGUAUCGCAUUCGAGGCCGCUGAUUCUGUUCCGUUUCCUAGCAUCUGUUCCGAGGACCAGGGUGCCAUUUGGCUUAACACCGGAGGUACUGGAAUGGACAAGAGCGGUGUCAAGGUCUCCAACGAAAACGUCCAGAAUGGUGCUGGAAAUGAGGCUAUGGGUGGCAUGUCCGGGUCCUACAGUGGUCUUGCACGCUUCAUCGACAGCGACUCCUACAUCUUCUCCUGGGUUUCACGUGGCGCCAAGGAUCUGACCGAGAACGAGUGGAUGGGUGCAGGCUACACUCACUCCGAGAACCGCACUGUCAACCGCAACGUUGCCAUCGCUACCUUCUCAGACAAGAAGACCAUUGUUGGCGAGCAAGCUACCUCUGAACUCGGCCCCGAUGGUGACUCACAAGUCAACUGGAUCACCACAGGCUCUGCUGACUGCCAGAACGCUCACGUUGCCGCCUUUGAUGGCACCAGCGCUCUCGUGACCUGGGAGGAGAUCGCUGAGCCUACGUGCGAGUUCAUUGCCAUGGGCUGCAAGGGUGCCUUUACUGGGUCUUACUUCCAGCUCGUCAAGGACGGCAAGAAGGUUGGCGAGCCGGUCAAGUCCAUGGACGUCUACGUUGCCGGAGACAUGGUUACCAUGGCUGAUGGUCGGGUAUGCUGGCCUUACGUUGACAUGGACUGGACACUUGACGCACCAGUGCGUAGCCCCGCAAAUGUAGAGGCUAUCAGCUUCGCAUGCAUGGGCCUGAGUGGCAACGAGUCUGCACCUGCUUCCUCUGCCCCAGCUGCCUCAAAGACACCAGCUCCCUCAUCCAAGGCUCCCGUCGCUACUUCUGCGGCUGUCAAAGAAUCAGCUCCUGUAAACGAGGUUGCCAAGUCUACCGAACAAACCCCAGCCGUUGAAACACCUGCCGAGUAUGCUCCAACGCCCGCCCCAAACCCGAUCGAGUCCCUGCUCCCCAUAGCUCCCAUCGUCUCUGUCGUCACGUCUGCGCUUGAAGCCAUUCCAUCAGGCUUCCUUCCCGACAAUGACCUCCCCGCGCCCUUCCUCUCAAUCUUCAUUCCAGCUUCUGAGUCUUUCAUUGCCUCUCUUGCGCCUGCUUUCACCGAAAGUGCUAAGAUACCUCUUCUGUCCCUUGAGCCAGUAUACUCCAGCACCCCCAGCUCUUUAGUCGCCGAGCCUACUGCCGAGCCUACAGCUUAUCCUGAAUACCCAGAGGCUACUCCUAUCGUUGAACCAUCUCAGCCGGCAGCUACUCCUAUCGUUGAACCUUCCCAACCCGCGGUGACUCCCACCGCCGAACCGACUCAACCCGCAGCUUCAACAACAUGCACCGAAGGCAACACCCAGAGCACUCGCAUACCCCUUGACGCCACUCUUUCGGCAGAUGCUCCCCCCUACCCUAUCGGUACAGGCUCAGCCGUCUACCCCACUGGCAGUGGCAUGCGCCCCUCCGGUAUCGCGCGCCCCACUGGUGCUGGCCGUCCAGACUGGUUCCAUGGUAGCCGUCCAGAUGGUAGCUUUGGCUGGGGGCGCCCUAGGCCUUCCGCCAGGAUGACUGAGGAAUCAGAGCUCGUAACGAUCGAUCCGAACGGCGACAUGCUCAUCAUAUUGAAAGACCCGAACACGGCACUAUUGGAGUGGAAAGAAGACAAGGACUUAUUGGAGGAAACGAUCGCUCAGGCAGCAGGUGAAGCGACUGAGGCAGCCAACAACAGCGAAGCUGCACUGCUAGAGCGAGGAUUACCCAAAACUCGGUAUCUGGUGUCAUCGCGGCAAAUGCGUAUCGUAUCACCUUACUUUGAAAACAUGUUCAAAUUCAACUAUGGCGAGACAGUUCCGGUUUUCGAGGGUGAUCUGUAUCAUGUCCAAGCACAAGGGUGGAACCCAGAAGCAUUUGCCGUGGUGCUCAAUGUCGCCCAUGUCCAACUUCAAGCCAUACCGAGAAAGGUCAGCCUCGCUUCGUUCGCUUGGGUCUACGUUAUCGCAGACUAUUACCAGAUGGAGGGUGUCUUGGCACUAUUCACAACGGAGUGGUUUGACCAACUGAAGCAGCAACCGAUGCCGAUAACCUACAGUAAGGAGCUUGUACUCUGGAUGUUCUUGAGUGCGAAACGCCAAGACAUGGAGACUUGUAAUCACUUGGCAUUAAUUGCGACAAGGAAAGCUUGCUAUCCCAUACAGUUUCUCGAUCUACCCUUUCCUCUAGGAGCGCAAGUACAUAAGCUUGAUGGCAUACGAUGUGCCGCUAUUGAAAAACUUCUGGGUGGUGUACUUGAACUUAUUGAAGAGCUUUUAAACCCCCCAGAACACUAUCCUCCUUUGGCACCUGGUGAACUCGCUGUUCACAGCAGUGAAACUUUACCUGAGAACAACUUUGGUGGGUCCAACGGAUUUGCAGGGGCUUCAUCUGCCAGCGAAGUUGCGCCUUUACUGACUACACAUAAAGAGCCUGUUGAGCCUGAAGAAGAGUCAAUCCAUUACCAUGUUUCCUCACGCCACCUAAUGCUCGCGUCGCCUGUGUUCAAGCGAGCGCUAAACAAGGAUGGAUUCGCCGAAUCCGUUCGCAACGAAAUCGAUGGUUUCUUCCAUAUAGUCGCCAGUGACUGGGAUCCAGGAGCGUUUCUCAUCGUUCUCCGAAUUUUGCACGGUCGCAAUAAGCAGGUGCCACGAAAAGUGAGUUUGGAUAUGCUUGCCAAGAUCGCCAUCCUCGAGGACUAUUACACUUUUGGAGAGUCCCUGGACGUGUUCACAGAGAUGUGGAUCCAAGAACUCAUCAAGGUGUCUAUACCUACAGUAUACUGCAGAGAUCUGGUAUUGUGGAUCUGGGUAGCAUGGUUGUUCGAUAAAGAUGAGCAGUUCAAGGAGGCUACCACCGUAGCUAUCAAGCAAAGCACUGAGGCUCUCCGAACUUUGGAUCUUCCCAUUCCUGCAAUAUUAUCAGAUGAAAUCGACAACACGCGAUACCAGGCCAUCGAGUUCGUUGUCGAAGCCCUUCACGAUCGUCUCGAGAGAUACCGUUCCACCGAUUAUGUGUGCCCGUCCGAUGCGAAUCAAUCGUUCAUGUGCGGAUCAUUUCUUCUCGCGCUCGAGUUGCAAGCCUCCCUUGAUUUCGACAAUGCCACGAUGAGCGAAAGCAAAGGGCUCCUGCAUGAGCAUCCUUCAGACAGCGACUCGGAACCCGAACACGAGCGCAAAGCGAGUCCGCGACACCUGUCUCCAUCGCCCUCAUCGUCACGAACCACAUCCGCGUCGCCAGCACCGCCAGGGUCACGACCAAAUGGCAACUUCAAACGGCAAUCGUCUUUCGCACAGCCCCGGCCCGAUGGCACGCCGAGAACGCCAAACCGGGUGCGCUUCGAGGAACCCAGGAGGAGCAUGAACGGAGACACCAAUGGCGACUGGCUGGAGAUGGACGGCGAUGACUACAUGGACGGCGAUGAUGGGCGGGAAAGAGUACAGCGACUUCCUCUGCUCACCGGGAUAGAGGCGCCUAGCGUCACUGUUGCAGAACAAUCCUUCAACCCGGAAGACCACCUCGAGAGUGCACAGCCACGGAGCGGGAUGCGGAGCGCCUUUAUGAACAUGGCAAACAGCAUAAUAGGCGCUGGAAUCAUCGGCCAGCCCUACGCUAUUCGCAAUGCAGGCCUCUUGACAGGCACCGCCCUCCUGAUCGGCCUUACCGUCGUGGUAGACUGGACCAUACGACUCAUCGUCAUAAACUCCAAGCUCAGCGGUACCGACUCGUUCCAAGCCACGGUCCAGCACUGUUUUGGGAAAUCAGGAUUGAUAGCCAUAUCUCUCGCGCAAUGGGUCUUUGCUUUUGGAGGCAUGGUCGCCUUCUGCGUAGUAGUCGGAGACACAAUACCAAGGGUCUUGGAUUCAAUGUUCCCUUCUUUGGCCGACAUGUCCUUCCUCUGGCUACUGACCAACAGAAGAGCCAUCAUGAUCCUGCUUAUUCUCGGCAUAUCCUUUCCGCUGUCGCUUUACCGGGAUAUAUCCAAGCUUGCAAAAGCUAGCGGUCUGGCACUAGUUAGCAUGACCAUCAUCAUUGUGACCGUAGUCACACAAGCCUUCCGCGUACCCGCCGAGUCCAAGGGUCAACUUCGUGGCUCACUCAUCAUCCGAUCCGGUAUCUUCGAGGCGAUCGGUGUGAUAGCCUUCGCCUUCGUCUGCCACCACAACAGCCUCCUUAUAUACGGCUCGUUGCGGAAGCCCACCAUCGAUCGAUUCACACGCGUUACACACUACAGCACCAGCAUAUCCCUGGUCGCAUGUCUUGUCAUGGCUUUGUCAGGCUACUUGACGUUCGGUGACAAGACCCUCGGCAACGUGCUCAACAACUUUCCCAACGAUAAUCUCAUGGUCAACAUUGCGCGGUUAUGUUUCGGCCUCAACAUGCUUACGACCCUUCCACUCGAAGCCUUCGUGUGCCGAGAAGUCAUGAACAACUAUUGGUUCCCCGAGGAGCCCUACCAUCCGAACCGUCAUCUUAUCUUCACUACUUCACUCGUCGUCUCAGCCCUCACCCUCUCACUCCUCACCUGCGAUCUGGGCAUUGUAUUUGAAUUAUUCGGCGCAACAUCUGCAUGUGCACUGGCGUUCAUUUUGCCGCCUCUAUGCUACAUGAAGCUUAGUCAGAGAAGCUCCAAGACGUACUUGGCGGGGGCCGUUGCUGCAUUUGGAUGUACCGUAAUGGUCAUUAGCAUUAUAAAGACCACGAGCAAAACAAUGACGGGCAACAGCGAAGGUGCUAAAUGCGGUUGA